UCUACAGAUUUUCCAGCUGGGAGACAAAGGAAGUUCUCCUCCUAACAACCUCGCAGUCAGAGGAACACCCACAAGUGAACACGAAAUGGGAAACUCGCUACUUAUGCCUGGUUCUGACAAGAUGAUCGCAACACUGCUGGUCGCACUCUUGAGUUGUGUGGAUUGUGUCCCCCUCGAGGGAGAGACCCCGUGUGGUGCAGAGGAGCCUACGACCUACAGCAUCGUCUUCACGGGGAAAUGGAGCCAGGCAACUUUUCCAAAGCAAUACCCACUGUAUAGACCCCCGGCCCAGUGGUCCUCUCUCCUAGGUGUGGCCCACAACUCGGAGUACCUCAUGUGGAAGGCCAGCGGCUACGCCAGCAACGGCCUGCGUGAGUUGGUGGAGCGGGGGGAGCCCUGGAUGCUCAUGAAGGAAAUUGAAGCAGCUGGAGAGAAAAUGCAAAGCGUUUAUGGAAUCUUCUCCGCUUCUCCUGUGGUCACCGGAACAGGACAGAGCUCAACUCUCUUUGAAGUUGACCCAGGUCAUCCCUUAGUGUCCCUUGCAGUACGAAUUGUGCCCAGCCCUGACUGGUUUGUGGGCAUUGAGAGUUUUAAUUUGUGCGGCAAGAAUGGCUGGAAGAAUCACGUCUCCAUUGACUUAUUUCCAUAUGAUGCUGGAACGGAUAGCGGCUUUACGUUUUCCGCGCCCAACUUCGCCACAGUCCCCCGUGAUACAAUCACACAAAUCACCUGCUCCUCUCCAAGUCAUCCUGCAAACUCCUUUUAUUACCCUAAGCUUAAGACUCUGCCGCCAAUCGCCAGGGUGACCUUGUCAAAACUCAAAAGAAAGAAAUUGGGCUUUCUUUUCUCUCAACCAAACGUCACAACCGCCCAUAACGAAGUAGAGGACUCUGUCUCGGAAACACCCUUGGACUGUGAGACCUCUCUGUGGUCUUCGUGGGGCCUUUGCCGUGGCACCUGUGGAAAUUUAGGAACGAAAAGGCGGACUCGUUACGUGCUGCUUCAGCCUGCCAACAAUGGAACCCCCUGCCCAGAUCUGAGCGAAGAAACACACUGUGAACAUGAUAAUUGUGUCUGAGAUCAUUUCUUUGGACAAUUGUUUACCUGGUGUAGUUUAAUAUUUAAGGUUGCUCUGCGUUGAUAUUUUUUUAUAGCUCAAGAGCUGUCUAUUCAUCUAGCCAUCCAUCCAUCAAUCAAUCCAAUAGAUAGAUCUAUUUAUGUAUCUGAGCUUCCUACACAUUUAUUGUGAACUCCUACAGUGCCACCUAGCGGUCAGAAACGGUAGUAAUAGUAGUAACUCGAAUAGUAAACCUAGUGUUACCAACAUCUGCACGGAGCAAAGAGGCAGUCUUUUCAUUUCUGCUACUUCUGGAAUGUAUUUAAUGCAUCUGAGGAAUAAUGAGAUAGUUUCCACUGACUUAUAAAUGGGCUGGAGAAUUAAAUGUAUAAGUUUUGAGGGAGAAUCAACUUGAAGGAAGAACAAAACCAAGUUUUUCU